AUGGGUGCUACAUGUAGAGCAGGAUCUACACACCCUUCUGGAGCACUGGAAAAUAUAAAGUGUUACAGCAGAAACUCUCAGAACAGGGUAGACAAAGCUAUGUUUGCCUUAAGGAGAAAUGUAAAAGGUAAACUUUCUAUUCAUGUUAACACGACUUCAUAUGUAGCAGUAUAUGGCACGAAAGUGACACUAGAUUGUAAUGUAACGAGGGAUAAUAACUUAGAAGCUGCUCAUGUGUAUUGGACAAAAGUAUUUGACCGCGGUUUGAUACAGAUGAAUGCUGGUUAUCCUGGAACAGAAGGCAUGACAAUGGAAGAUCCUUCACUGACUAUUACUUUUCCAAAAUUUGACGAUACUGGUAUUCCUAAUGUUACAACUGAUAGCGCAAUGCAUGAAGUUGUAUACGGACAAAACAUUACUUUGGAAUGUGAUGUGACAUCCAUACCUGUGAACACCAAUGUGUACUGGCAGACGAUUAAAGAUGGUACAGUCACAAAUAUAACAUCAUUCAACCAUAAUGUUAAUGGAGUUACAAUAAUUCAGCCAUCCUUGACCAUUUUAAAAGCUACCAUGUCUGAUUCUGGGAUGUAUGCUUGUCCUGCAGAAAACUUGAUAGGAACUGGACAAAGCAAUUUUACAAAUCUGACGGUUGUUGGAGAAAUUCCAAGUGUAGAAGUUGGAUCUGCAUUUAAAACUGCAGAGUAUGGUAAUAACGUGACUCUUGACUGUAAUGUCACAUCAUUUCCUGCACACAUCUCUGUCUAUUGGCAACGGAUAUCAUCUGGUAUAACAACAAAUGUAACGUCUGAUUACUGCGAUAGAGCAUGUAUAGACGGUGUUACAGUUAUCAACCCUUCGUUGACGAUAUUAAAGGCUAAGACAUCUGAUUCUGGGCUGUAUACCUGUUAUAUCACCAAUCAAGUAGGAACGGGACAAAGUGCAGCGGUCAAUUUGACAAUUAUUGGAGAUAUUCCGAAUGUAGAAGUUGGAUCUACCACUCAAAUCGUGGAAUAUGGAAGUAAUGUGAUACUCGACUGUCAUGUCACAUCAUUUCCUGCACACACAUCUGUUUAUUGGCAACGGAAGUCAAAUGGUUUAACAACAAACUUUACGGCUGAUAAAUUUAGUUCUGAAGAUGUAUCUACAUUAAAUCAUUCUUUGACAAUAUCACUUGCUAAACCAUCCGACACAGGACUGUAUACUUGCUAUGCCGUCAAUAUAGUUGGAACAGGACGCAGUAAAGCAAUUAAUUUGACUAUUAUUGGAGGUAUUCCAAAUGUUACAAUUGACGAGACUAGUUAUAAUGUUGAGUAUGGUCAGCCAAUUACUAUUGAAUGUAAAAUUACAUCGAUUCCUGCCUAUACGAACAUAUACUGGGAAAAAGAUAUAGGAGGCAUUACCACAAAUAUAACAUCUGAUUCUACUGUUAUGGAUAGCGUUGCCUUUACUACUACUUCAAUAUCGAUACCAAAGGCUAUUACAGCAGAUUCAGGAAUGUAUACAUGUUUCGCUGUCAAUAUUGCUGGAACUGGACACAGUGGUUCUGUUAACUUAACAGUUCAUGGAGAUAUUCCAAGUGUAGAAGUUGGAUCUACGUUAAAAGUUGCAGAGUAUGGUAAAAACGUUACUCUCGACUGUAAUGUCACAUCAUUUCCUGCACACAUCUCUGUCUAUUGGCAACGGAUAUCAUCUGGUAUAACAACAAAUUUAACGUCUAAUUACUGCAAUAGAGCAUGUAUAGACGGUGUUACAGUUCUUAAUCCUUCGUUGACGAUAUUAAAGGUUAAAACAUCUGAUUCUGGACUGUAUACCUGUUAUAUCACCAAUAAAGUAGGAACGGGACAAAGUGCAGCGGUCAACUUGACAAUUGUUGGAGGUAUUCCAAAUGUUAGAAUUGACGAGACUUCAUAUACUAUUGUAUAUGGCCAGGCAAUCACUAUUAAGUGUAAAAUUACAUCGAUUCCAGCCUAUACCAACAUAUACUGGGGAAAAGAGAUAAGAGGCAAUACCACAAAUAUAGCAUCUGAUUCUACGUUAAUGGAAAGCGUUACUUUAACUACUACUUCACUAUCAAUACCAAGAGCUAUCCCAGCAGAUUCUGGAAUGUAUACGUGUUACGCUGCUAAUAUUGCUGGAACCGGUCAAAGUGAUUCUGUUAAUUUGACAGUUUAUGGAGGAAUUCCUUAUGUGUACACUGAAUCUGAUUUUUAUGAAAUCCUCUAUGGUCAUAAUCAUACGAUUAUAUGCAGAGUAAAUGCUGUUCCUGUUUUCACUAAAAUUUAUUGGCAAAAGAUAUCUAAUGGUACUACAACGAAUAUAACCUCUAACAGUCCUGGUAUCGAUGGUGCUAGGAUAACUAGACCAUCGUUAACGAUAUUAAAAGCUGCUCCAUCUGAUGCAGGACAGUAUAUAUGUAUUGCUGAGAAUGUUGCUGGAAUAGGGCAGAGCAAUUCAAUUAAUUUAACAGUUUUAGGGGAGGAAAAUUAUCCAAUUGUUGGUAUACAAUUAGACAGAUAUACAGUGAAGUUCGGUGAGUCACUCACAAUCAAGUCUUUUGUACAAACAAAUGACGAAUUCCCAGUGCGAAGUGUACAUUGGCAGUAUAUUAAUAAUGAUGUGCUAACGACAAUAGAAGCAGGUUCUCACGGCAUAGCUGGAAGUCAGAUUGAAACUCCAUCUCUCACUAUUGCAACGGUCACUACAUCUGAAUCAGGACUUUACACGUGUUUUGCGACCAAUGAUAUAGGAACAGGGAUCAGUAAACCUAUCAACGUCACUGUUGUUGGAGGUCUUCCAAUAGUGAGUGUGAGAGACAAAAAGUACGUUUCAAUGUACAGUCAUCAAGUUAUAUUGUCUGCUGUCGUAAAAUCUGAUCCACCAGUCAGAUUUGUUUACUGGGAAAAAAUUGUCGAAGGAAGGAGAAGUAUCAUAAAUCAUGGCGCUGUGGGAACUAUUGGUGUUACCCCUGAUAACCCCUCAUUAACAGUAACAUACAGUACCAAAGCAGAUAUUGGAGCAUACAGAUGUUUCGCCACGAAUGACGUUGGAACAAGUCGUGGUGACAUUAUAAGUCUACAAGUAACUGGAGAGAGCCCAACUGUGUUUGUUCCAUUUUAUACGAUAUCAGUCGAUUUUGGUGCCGAAAUGAACCUUUCGUGCAAUGUUGACUCGUCAUUGCCUAUAACAAUUGUUUAUUGGGAGAAAAUGAUCAAUGGUAUUAGGUCUAGAAUAAACUAUGGGACCGUUGGUACUACCGGCAUUAAUGCAAAUAAUCCGUCGUUAACAAUUCUUUAUUCGACAAGUGCUGAUUCUGGAUCUUACUCAUGCUUUGCAGGAAAUGCAGUUGGGAUAAGUCAUAGUUCGACGAUAAAUGUAACUGUUGUAGGGGGAAUGCCAGCUGUUUCUAUAGGGUCUUUGUACUAUAAAACAAUUUAUGGUCAAGAAGUAAAACUAGAGUGUAAAAUUACUGCAUAUCCGUCUGUUACAUCAGUCUACUGGCAAAAGACCACCGGCGAUGUUAUUACAACUCUUAAUGAAGGGUCUUUAGGAACCAAGGGAAUAAAUAUUACCAUGCCAUCUUUAAUAAUUUUGUUUCCUACGACUGCAGAUUCUGGAAGUUAUAUGUGUUUUGCAUCUAACAGGGCAGGUACACAAACAAGUAUGGCAGUGCAAUUGAGUGUAGAAGGCGACAUACCUGUUGUGACAGUAAGAUCCCCACAGUAUACAGCUCACUAUGGGGAUACCGUAACUUUGGAAUGCGAUGUAAAUGCUUAUCCACUACCUCAAAAGAUUUUUUGGCAUAAAACAGUAAAUGGAAUGAUAAUAGGUAUUUCAGAUGGAUUUGCAGGAACACAGGGGAGUAAACUAAGCACUCCUUCACUUACAAUAAUUUUUGCUUCCUCAGCUGACACGGGACGAUACACCUGUAUUGCACAAAAUGCAGCGGGAGUAGGUCACAGCAAAUCAACCAUGUUAAAGAUACUAGCAGAUAUUCCAGAAGUCAAGGUGUCACGCGAAUCUUACCAAACAGGCAUUGGGUUUUCAAUAACUCUGGUAUGUCGUAUAUCAAAAGCUAUUCCUGAAGUUUCACGGGUGUAUUGGCAACGGUAUAAAAAUAAUGCUACCACCGUGCUAACAUCUGGCUCUUUAGGUAUUGAGGGAGUCAAACCUGACUUCCCGUCAUUGACAAUAGCUUCUGCUAAAGAAUCCAUGUCCGGAGAAUACACAUGUUUUGCCAUGAAUUCUGUUGGAACAGGAAGCAGCUUUCCCACAUUUUUGAAAGUUGCAGCUGGAAUAACUCCAUCACCUGUGAUAAGUGCCUCAGAGGAAGAAGAAGAUGACAAUACUGACACUAUUUUGGAAGGCGUACUAGGUUCCAUCGGUGCAUUAACAGCAAUUGUAGCCACCAUAAUUGCCGUCAGGGAACACAUGAAAAGGAAGAAGAAAAAUAUAGAGGCUGGCUCUCGCUUACGCCGGAAGGACAGCAGAGAUAUAAUAGCUACCGAUCAAGUUAAUCUCGAGUUUCAUGGAAAACGCAAUUCUACGAAAGCCGGUCGAUAA